GCGCUCAUCGGCCUCAACGUGCAGCACGACGCGAACCACGGCGCCAUGUUCAAGGACGGGCGGAAGAACGCGCUCUGGGGCCUCGCGCAGUCGUGGAUCGGCGGGUCCCAGCUCAUGUGGCUCCAGGAGCACGUCGUGCUCCACCACAUGCACACGGGCGACGUCGAGUUCGACCCGGACGCGCAGCUCGCGCCCGUCAUGCGGGGCCACGCGGGCGCGCCCUGGCUGCCCUGGAUGCGCUUCCAGCAGUUCUACUUCCUCCUCGUCGAGCUCGGCUACGGCGUCAUCCCCAUGUUCAUGUCCUUCUUCGAGGUGCUCUGCUGGCGCCACAAGUUCGAGCGCAAGUUCGCGCUGUCGCGGCUCGCGUGGCGCUGGGGGCUCCAGUCCGUCGCGCUCCACCUCCUCUUCUACGCGCGCAUGGUCGCGGCGCCCGUCGCCGCGGGCCUCCGGGCCGCCGCGGCGGACCCGGGCGCGGCGGCCGGCGCGUGCGUCGCCGCGGAGCUCGCCAAGGUCGCGGUCACCGUCGGCGUCGCCGGCGGCUACCUCGCCUUCUUCUUCUUCCUCAGCCACAACUUCGACGGUGUCCACUUCGUCGCCGGCGCCGGCGAAUCCGGCGACCAGCGCUACCCGGAGCGGAGCGGCUUCCUCCACCAGCAGGCGUCGAGCUCGAGCAACGUCGCGGGCGAGAAGCUCUGCGCGCUCAACGGCGGCCUCAACUACCAGAUCGAGCACCACCUCUUCCCCCGCGUCGCCCACAGCCACUACCCGCACAUCGCGCCCGUCGUCCGCGCCUUCUGCGAGCGGCACGGCGCGCCCUACGUCCACUUCGACUCCGUCGGCGCCAACCUCGCGUCCGUCUUCGCGUACCUCGCCAAGUUC